UGAAGAGCUGCAUUUUCAUUUCUUAAAAUUGAAAAAAAAAAGUACAAAAGAGUACAAGCAUGGAUACUCCAAUAUGAGUUCUCCUUCUCCCUCAUCAGAAAAAAAAAAAAAGUAGAGAGAAGAACAUUGCUAUCUAUAUCAUUUCAUACAUAGUGGAAAAAGAAGAUGAAAAAAUUAGAAAAGACUUCGAUCAACGCCAUGGAAUUGGCUGAUAAGGCGGUUGGAUUCUUGCUAACUAUUAUCAGUUUGUCUAUAUUCUCUUACUAUACUUUUUGGGUCAUCAUUUUGCCUUUUGUGGAGAGCGAUCACUUCAUUCAUUUGUACUUCUUGCCUCGUGAGUAUGCUAUCAUCAUACCUUUGUUUGCUGGCAUCACACUCCUUAGCUUCUUAUCUGUCUUUAUUGGGUAUGUUUUGCUCAAGUCAAAGAAGAAAACUGCCUGAUUUUAAGUGUUUGUUUUGUUAAUCCAUUAAUUUAAAUGGAAGAUACUCUUUUUAUGCAAAAUAUGUUCAGAUUCUGGCAGUGGUGAUAAUUUUCUGUAAUGGAAUUGAAACAUUAGAUUUGUUUUUACACUUGUGAAUUCAGUACCUAAGUACCUUUUUUCCCAA